AUCACUUCCUGCCACCUCUCAGAGACAGACUUACAUCGCACUCACAUGGUGUCCAGCCACCACUGCUGGAUAAAGCUAGUUGUUGUGCAGGACUAAUUCUCGGAUCCCUUCAGCAGUGUGGAUAUGGGAGGCAGAGAGGAGGUAGUGGUGAGCAGACUUAAAUCCAACAUGCAGUUUUCACGCAACAAUUUCACUCGUCUCAGGCUACGUCCAAACCAGACCCCGGUCCGGGGUAGACGUGUGAAGGCAUCGCCCCACAAAAAAAAAGCCAGAGAUCCCAGCCCCACCGAGAUGAGCGUGGAGCCCUGGGCCUCCCCGCAGGACCAAACAGCUGCUGAUCCACGACAGAGAACACGCACGCAACCCUCCCAAGAUCAGGAGCAGCACCUCGACAAACUGUGCCUGGACUCAUUCUGGAGCGAGGUUGAAACCAUCCGACAGGGGUGUGGCGACACAGACCUCGACUGCACCAGGAGGGACUCGAGACAGUCAGAAGAGGGAGAGCAAGAGGAGCAGUGGUUAGCCGACGCUGGCUUAUCAACCCUCAUCAGCGAGGACAGCGAGGAUGUAGACAAUGCAGUCCUGCUAUCCACUCUGACCCGGACACAGGCCGAGGCCGUUCAGCGCCGACUGGAUUCCUACACAUUGUCCCGGCGCAAAAAAAACAAACCACCACCUCGUGACGUUCGCGACAUCUUCGACUCCCCUAUCACUCAGACCGUGCUGCCCGAGUCUCAGAAUAGUGAAGACCUUGCUCAAAACAGUAUGGCAUCUGUGGCAAAAUCACCACUUACAGCUGUGACACCAGAACAUAAGCGAAGUGCUCUUAAAGAGGAAUUCUUCAUCACAGACGUGGCUUACUGUGAACAGGCCGUCAUCUUCCUCAAACAAGCCAAGCUGCCGCAAAAUAACAGCCAACGCAGGAAAGAUGAUGGCACCCUUCCUUGGGUCAUUUGCCCCAAGUGCCGUCUGGGUGUGACUCGUAUUCAAGAUCUCUCUCACACUGACAUGAAGAAGGUUCGUCAGUUGGCUCUCAUCGACAUGACGGCGCUGUGCGACCUCUUAGAGCUGGAGGUGAAACGGCACAAAACUGUAAAGAGGAAAAUCCCAGAGAGCACACUGUUUGGGGUGCCGUUGGCCACGCUGCUGGAGAAUGAUCAAAAAAUCAGGCCAAACACUACAACUCCUCUCUUUCUGUACGAGUUGUUAUUGUUUCUGGAGAAGAAAGGAGUAGAUUCGGAGGGAAUCCUGCGGGUUCCAGGAUCUCAGUCCAGAAUCAAGCUGCUCCAGCAGAACAUGGAAAGCAACUUCUACUCAGGGCAGAUCAGCUGGGAUGAAGUGAGCCCCAACGACGCCGCUGCGCUGCUAAAGAAGUUAAUCCGCGAGCUGCCUGCUCCUCUGCUCACGGCCGAGUACCUGAACACCUUCAGCGCCGUCAGAGAUAUCACAGACCUGAAGCAGAAGCUUCACAUGUUGAAUCUGCUGAUCCUGCUUCUGCCUGAGCCCAACAGGAACACUCUGAAGGCUCUUCUUGAGUUCCUCAGUAAGGUGGUGUCCCGGGAAAAGAAGAACAGGAUGAACCUGUGGGCUGUCGCAACCAUCAUGGCUCCCAACCUCUUCCUCCAUAAGGCCGUUCCCAGCAGACUGACGGACGGGGCGGAGAAAGGGCAGGCGGAGAAGGCGGCGGACGUGAUGAGGCUCCUCAUUCGCUACCAGGACCUGCUCUGGACCAUCCCUAAUUUCCUGAUGAGCCAGGUGCGUAAGCUGAAUGAGAAUAGCAACCGGCGUUACCAGUUCUACGACCGCCGCCUCAAGUACCUGCUGAGGAAGAUUCACACAGACAACAGAGAAAAACCGGAGAAAAGCAACAACGAGCAUUGUCGUACAGUGAAAAUUCAGGUUGGAGAUCUGGUGAGCAGCACCAUGGAGUUUCAGCUCAGCUUCAACUCACGAACCUCAGACCUGCUCGCCCAAUUUCACCGCCAGUUCCUGCGAAGCCCCGAAAACGGAAAGGGCAAAAUGCGAAGAAACGGCUCAGUGACGUUCCCAGACUGCGCCUUGUACGAAGUGGGAGGGAACAUCGGUGAGCACUGUUUAGAUCCAGACACUCACCUGCUGGAUCUGUACAACAAUAACCCGGGAGGAGAAUGGGUCAUUAAGAUGAAACCCAACGCAGGCAGAGGGCUCUAACAUGGAACCUGCGGGACAAUUGAUGGACAGACUGAGGUUUCAGAAGAGGGAGAAAGACAGAUUCUUUGAUACAAAACCUCGUUCUGUCCUGAUCAUCAUGCGAGCAACAAGCAGAAAGGAGACAGAUGGAGGAAGCUAAAGCAGACACGUGGAACAACCUGCCUGGAGCAGACCCUAAAAACUGUCGUAUGAACACAGACUGCCCUCUUUCUUUCUCCCUCCACUUUUCGCUGCGUUUCUCCCAGUAUUCACCUCCUUCUGCUUUACUGCGGUGCAGCAUCAACGCCAGCGAAAAACUGUUUGUGAUGCAUUGCUUCUGACAGAGAGCCUGCUGCACAGAAGAGAGAAGAGAGGAGACGGGCAGCGUGGCUGGACCGUUUGCUUUUACUUUGGUUUUUUUCACUAAAGCAAUCAUCUCCAACCCCAACCGAACAGAUGGGGAAGCAGAGCACCACUGGCUAUUCUGAGCCCCCCCUCACCCUCCACCCCCCCACGUCAGAUUCACGUCCACAUACACAGACACGGUUUGAUCCUGCUAAGGAUUUAGGAUUUAAUCCAAGAAAAAAAUGAUCUAGCGUAGAGAUUUCUGUACAUAUCUUGAGAAAAAAAUGUGUCAACUAAUGCACUGUACAUCACUUAAAGUUUCUUUGUGUGCGUGAGUCUAGAUUAAAGGGAACUGUAGUUGUCAGGAUUUGCGUAAUUCAGUAACUCAGAUUAUGAGAAUGGUAUUUAUUGCCCUUUAUUUAACCGUACAGGUGUGAGAGCUGAGGUAAUAUUGUCUGCACAAAUGAAGAUGCGGUGCCUCUAUGUCUUCUUUGAUCCACAAGUGUUAUUCUAACCCCCCCCCACCCCCGUCUCUGCUGUUCAUGUGCAUAAAACUGAUUAUUGUGCACCUGACAGAGAAAUAAGUGUUCAAGAGAUCAAGAGAAACGCAGCAUCUUUAUUCUCCUGCUUCAGGAGCGAGCUGCCCUUUUUCCAAACAUGGAUCAUGUCCUUCACGUUACAUCUGAUGAAAGAUCCAUUGAUCAGCAUUGCCAAUCACUCCUGCUCUUUCUCUCCUGCUGUGGCAUGUCCACUCUUUCUUUAUCUGUGAUAUUCAAAGAGGGAAAGAGACCCUGAUGAACUGAUAUGUUUUAACGUGUGAAACUGUAUGACUGCUCUUGCAAACCAGUGACGAAACAACUCAGAGACUUUUUUUUCUGUUUUUUUUCUAUUAUCUUGUGAUACCAAGGGAUCUUGUGUGGCAACCUCAAGGACAAUUAUUGUACCUUUUUAAAGGGAGUUGUUAAAAACACACAGUGAAGCUGGUCUUCUGUGAUCAUUUUUGUGAACACAUGAAUGGAUAUGGAGAUCCUGAAGUGACUUGUGGGGCAAACUGGGGUUGUUAUUAUUAUUUAUAUGAAUGUAAAACCUUUAUUGCUUCUGUAGUUGCUGUGUAUUGUGUAGGAUUAGGAUGUGGAGUUGCUGCACUCAGUGUAACAGUAUGUUGUGUGAAUUCAUCUGUAUUCUGGGAAUGUUUUGCAAAACAUGUUUUUCAUUCUCAAAUGUUCUUUUUUUUUAUGGAUCUGUUAGUUGGCUAAAUUUCCUUUUUGUAAAUAUUUCUCUGUCAGACACACUCGUAAAGAAAAUCACUGCAGCAGGACCGUCUCUUGUGACCGUGUUGCUUCUUGAAGCUUUUUCAGAACACACAAGCAGCAAACGAAUGUAUUUAACUUGCUAUUUUUUAUUUCUUUUUCUUUUUUUUACCGAUCAUCAGAUGCGAACCAUUUGCUCCUCGCACGCGGAGCCAUGUUGCUGCACCGCGGCCAUUUUGUGGAAAGCGUUUUCCACACUCCUCAAUAGAUGGAGUAAUGACAGCAGGUCCUGCACCAACAUCUAUCACCACCCUCUGCUCCAUCUCUGUCACCUCCCCAUAAUGGACCCUAAUGGCAGAACGCCGCACCGCAAACACACACAGGAAUCACAUUUCUCUGAUAAAGCAGGAGGUAAUAAAUGGUUGUUAUAAAUUCGGCAUCCCUACACUCCACUACUGCAGUGUGUGUGUGUGUGUGUGUGUGUGUGUGUUUGUCUGUGCAUGCUCGUGAUGAGGUUCAUUACACAUGUCCAAUUGGCCCGUCCCAGGGUCCCAGGCACAGUUCAGCGCCUCGGCACAAAGCGAGCUGAUGAGACCGCCUUCUGCCGACAGUCAGAGGAACUAGGUCACCUCCGAGGCCGUUUCCCCGAGGGCGAGCAGCGUGAGACCAAACACCCCAAGGAGCAGAGCUCACGGACACACACACUGUCUACGCUCACAACAUAGUGCAGCGUCACCACUUUACAGUACAGAAGCUUCCUGUUGACUGUGUGUUUUUAUAUAUAUAAAUAUAUGAAUGUGUGUGUGAGAACCAUCUCUGAAACAGUGUUAUCUACAUAAAUGCACGUCGUAAAACUGAAUGAUGAGCUUUCAUAGGGACUUUGGUUUCCUUCAGUGAUUCAAGUGUUGACCUCUCAAUGAUGAAGAUUUUGGACGUCCGUCAGUAGACGUCAGAAUGUAUAUUUAUGUCCUUUACACAAGUUGUUUUUACGGUAUUUGUAAAAAAAAAAAACUUUUUUCUGUAGAAAGAAAAACUUUUGAAAAAGGUUGCUUUUUUGGGUCAAUAAAUGUG